AAAAUUUUUGCUCGAAAUUUUAACUCCAACCUUGAAGGAGCCUGGAUACAGAGAAGUCCCUGCAAGGAUUGGAUAUUUGGAACACUCCUUCAGAAUCCCGUUCUCUGAUUGGUUUAGCUUUCUCUGUAUUUAAACAUGCAACCUGAUUUUUGUUACAGAAUUCAAUGGAAACUGAGAGACCUAUUAUUAUUAUGAAAAACACAAGUUACCGAACAAAGUCUAACAAACAUCUAGUCAGUCGUGGUACUGAAAUUUCUAUAUAUUGGAGUAGUAUAUCGUCUAGUAGUAUGAAAUUAUAGUUAAACGAAAAUAUCCACAAGGCAGUCAUCCAUACCAAGCAGCUCUUAAACGUUUUUAUUUUCAUCGAAAAGCAAGCAGAUUUUUAGAAUACUUUGUUCAAUAUUUGAGUAACUUAUUUGAAGUAAUAUCAAAAUGGUUGGUUUAUCUGCACCUAUCAAAGAACCCACUGUGGGUGUGAAGUUUGUAAGUGCUGGUGUAGCAGCAUGUGUUGCAGACAUGAUAACUUUUCCUUUGGACGUUGCUAAAGUCAGACUUCAGAUUCAAGGUGAAGGCAUAUCUGCUGCGAACUCAGCCAUGGCAUCCAAGAGAGGCAUGUUUGGAAUGUUGGUUAACAUCGUACAGAAGGAAGGACCCAAAAGUUUGUACAAUGGUUUAUGUGCUGGCCUCCAAAGACAGAUGUGCUUUGCCUCUGUUCGCAUUGGACUUUAUGACUCUGUGAAAAAUCAAUACAGUGCUUUAGCUUCUGGAAAUGUACCUGCUGGACAUGUAGGGAUACGUAUCCUUGCUGGUAUCACUACUGGUGGGAUGUCUGUAAUAUUUGCCCAGCCAACUGAUGUUGUUAAGGUCAGAAUGCAGGCACAAGUGACCGGGGUGGCUCCGCGUUAUGUAGGAACCAUGAGUGCUUACAAAACCAUUGCAGUUGAAGAAGGAAUGAAAGGAUUAUGGAAAGGUACUCUGCCCAACGUCACACGCAAUGCUAUUGUGAAUGCUGCGGAGCUUGUCUGUUAUGACCUUAUAAAAGAGUUCAUUUUACGCAAACAGCUAAUGACUGACAAUGUCCCGUGUCAUUUCACAUCUGCAUUCGCUGCUGGUUUCUGUGCCACCGUGGUGGCGUCUCCAGUAGACGUGGUGAAGACACGUUUUAUGAAUUCGCACCAUGGCCAAUAUGCAGGUGCUGUUGACUGUGCCAUCAAGAUGUUUAAAGAGGGUGGUUUAACUUCCUUUUACAAAGGGUUUAUGCCUUCUUUCAUCCGUCUUGGAUCCUGGAAUAUUUGUAUGUUUGUAACAUUUGAACAACUGAAACGUUUCUUCACUCACGUCAGCCAGAAUGGAAGAGUCAUUUCUCCUGUACCCAAAGUGUACGCAGAAACUCCCGCCAAGAUUGAGAAUCAUGUUGUUAGCUUGGAACGCCAACACUAUCAUUUUAACCCCGUGGUUAUAAGUCAGUGGGAAUAAGAUAUAUCCAAUUUCUCUUAGUAUAUUGGAUACUAAACCUUAUGCAUUUAAAACAUUGUUAUAUAUAUAUAGUUUUGUUGCUGCUAAAGUUUUCUCUGGGAACCUUUUUUGAAAUUUAAUAAUUAAAAAUUUCAUCUUUUUUUAUGCUGAAUGUUCGUAGGUUUUUGUUAUAAAUAAGUGACUAGUGCAAAUAAAGUAGCUGUAGAGUGUAGAUACUUACAACAGGAUUAAAGAUUUUUUUUUUUUAAAUUGUGUAAAAAAGUAAUUUGAUCUAAUAAAAAAAAAUUUCAAGUUAUUUUUGGCAUAAAAAAAAAGAAGCAUUUAUUCCCUUGAAAAUGAAUGACUUUUUUCCCUGUAUUUUAAGACAAUUGUUUUUCAAUCAACUUAGCCUACAUGUGCUGCAAUAUGCAUAUGUAAUGGUUAGAAAACUGCUGCUAUUUUUGCACCUACUAAGUUUCAAAAAAAUUUUUUUUACAUGCCUUAUUAAUUUUUGAAUAAUUUACUUUAAUUUUGUGAUUUAUUUAUGCCAUUCAUCUUUCUUAAUGGUAUUACCCUGGAAAAAGUGCUAUAACAGUUUCAGAAGAUUUGUGAUGCUAUUAUUCCAUUAUUGUUAACCAAACCAACAAUAUUGACUUGCUUAGUGCUUAACAAUCAAUUAUUUGGGAAUGAUUUUUAAUUUAGCAAUCAAAUAAAAUUGUUUGCUUAAAUGCAGUAAAAAUGUCAAUUAAGUAAUCAAGUAUAGUUUGAAGAAUACUAUUAAAUUUUAAAUAAGUUUUAUCCGAUUGAAGUUUAAUUUAAUUUUCAUGAAAAAGUGUUUCCCUGGAAAACUGUUAACAGCUUAUUUCUUUAAGCUGUAAUUGUAUUAGCUCCCUCUGAAAUUCGGCUCGCAAGGUUGGUUGACUUGCCAUAUUUGUCCUUGUAAUCCAUGGCACGCAAGUAAUUUCUGGCUUAAAAGAUAAUAUUUUAUUGUUUUCCUAGUUUUUAAAUUCAAAAUGCUGUUUUUGACUACAAGAGUUAAAUAUUCUGCUGAUUAACUGAUAAAAUUGUAGUGUGUAGUAUUUAUAGUUAUAUUGUGUUUUUAUUCGAGACAAAAGCCACUCAUUAGCCUUCUAAUGUUUCUUUUUUAAAUUUCAAUAAUUUCUUGCGUGUCAUGUGUAAAUAAUAUAUAUUGUCUGUGAUAAAACAAUACAAUUUUAUCUUUGGUUAUUGCUGUGUUUUUUUGUCUUGCUUUUUUUGUGGUAUAUUGUCAUGUAACAUUCCUUUUAUAUUGAAACACCCACUUUUCUCAUUUAGUUUUGUCAGGUUGUCUUCCACCGUGUCAUUUAUAGAAUUGAACAAAAAUAUCAUUUUGUAUUCUUGAAUAAAUUUUUGUGUGUUGA